ACAGACGAAAGUUGUUAUUUAUUAACAAAAAAACGCGAAAGAAAUCUUCGGUGUGUCGCGGCAUUUUUUAUUUUAAAAUCAUGAGCUAAUUGUGUGCGUCCGAAAAAUAAUCAUUUUUAUCAAUAACACUAUCUUUCGUGCACGUUAUCUAUCAAAUAUUGCCAGAUAUCAUUGAAUAAUAAGCCAAAAGUGCGAUAAUAACGAUGAUAAAAGUGUCAGUUUUGUGCUGAAAACGCGACAAAAAGCAAGAAAAAUUGUGAAUUUUAAUAAAAAAAUCAAAUUUAACAAGACCCAAAUACCAAGAAAGACGAAAAAAAAUUUUUUUGUGAAUCAAGAAGAAAUUCCAAACAAUCCUAUCUCUCUGCGUGCGACUUGUGAGUCAACAACCGAAAAUGAUGUCAUCACACAACGAAGUCGGAGUGCGCGAUUUUGUGCUCUUGGACGAAGUUUCGAUGCCGAAAUUCAUGGCAAACCUCAAGAAGCGUUACCAAGCCAGCCGAAUUUACACAUAUAUCGGCGAAGUAUGUGUCUCAAUGAAUCCAUAUUGCAAUCAAAACAUCUACGGGCCCGACAAUGUUGACAAAUACAAAGGCCGCGAACUUUUCGAGAAUCCUCCGCACAUUUUCGCCAUUGCCGAUGCUGCUUACCGUGUCUUGAAGCAACGGAAUCACGACACGUGCAUAAUGAUUUCGGGUGAAUCGGGUGCCGGCAAAACGGAAGCAUCGAAAAUUAUCAUGAAAUACAUUGCGGCGGUUACGAAUCAAGGCAAGGCGAAUGAUAUUGAAAGAGUGAAGAACGUACUUAUUCAAAGUAAUGCCGUGCUCGAGUGUUUUGGCAACUCCAAGACAAAUAGAAACGAUAAUUCCAGUCGUUUUGGCAAAUAUAUGGAUAUCGAGUUUGAUUACAAGGGAGAUCCCGUUGGAGGUGUCAUCACAAAUUACUUGCUUGAGAAGUCACGUGUGGUUCAGCAACAAGCAGGGGAACGGAAUUUUCACAGUUUUUAUCAAUUACUUCGUGGCUCAGCAGAUGCCGAUCUCCGUUCGUACAACUUGACGCGUGACGUCAAUAAUUACCAUUACACGAAUCAAGGAGCCACAGACACGUUAACGGAAAAAUCGGAUUACAAAGCGACAUCAAAUGCGCUCAAAACGCUCGGAUUCUCGCCGGAAGAGCUCCAAACUGUGUGGAAAAUUACCGCUGCCGUCCUGCAUCUCGGCAACAUCACCUUCAAAUCGGAUGACGACAAUGUACUUAUUGACAACAAAACGUCCCUUUCGCACACUGCCAAGUUGCUCAAUGUGACACAAGACCAACUUACAAACGCUUUGACGCAUCGCACGAUCGCCGCGUAUGGCGACAUCAUGAAAAAAGGUCACAACAUCGAACAGGCGGAACAUGGACGAGACGCCCUCGCAAAAGCCAUUUACGAUCGGUUGUUCACGUGGAUCAUUCAGCGCAUCAAUAAGGCGAUUUUGGUGCCGGGCACGGAAAUUCAGAAGCGCUUCAACAAAGUCAUUGGCGUCUUGGAUAUUUAUGGCUUUGAGAUUUUCGACACAAACAGCUUCGAACAGUUUUGCAUCAAUUAUUGCAAUGAAAAGUUGCAACAGUUGUUCAUUGAAUUGGUUUUGAAACAAGAGCAAGAGGAGUACAACCGUGAAGGCAUCGCAUGGACCAACAUUGAGUAUUUUAACAAUCAGAUAAUUUGUGACUUGGUCGAGCAACAGCACAAGGGAAUCAUCUCGAUCAUGGAUGAGGCAUGUUUGAAUGUCGGAAAAAUUACGGAUGAGACGUUGUUGGAGGCGAUGGACAAGAAAUUGAUGCACCACAAGCACUUUUCCAGUCGUCAAUUGAAGCCGAUGGACAAGGAAUUGCGACACAAAGUUGAUUUCCGGAUCACACAUUACGCUGGCGACGUGAUCUACUCCAUUCACGGUUUCAUCGAGAAAAAUCGCGAUCAACUUUACCAAGACUUCAAACGUCUCCUGUUCAAUUCCAGUAACAAAAUUUUGAGUGAAAUGUGGCCUGAAGGUGCUCAAGACAUCAGCAAGACAACGAAGAGACCCUUGACAGCAGGAACAAUGUUCCAACGAUCGAUGUCUGAUUUGGUAGCAACUUUGUUAAAGAAAGAACCCUUCUACGUUCGUUGCAUCAAACCCAAUGACAUCAAAAGUCCCUCAAUUUUCGACGAGACGCGUGUCGAGCAUCAAGUUCGCUACUUGGGACUUCUGGAGAACGUUCGGGUUCGUCGCGCGGGUUUCUGUUACCGCCAAAAGUACGACAAAUUUUUGCUGCGUUACAAAAUGGUGUCGGUUUACACGUGGCCCAAUUUCCGCAAAGGCGACGAUCGUGAAGGAGUUCGUGUUUUGCUGACCGAGAAGCAACUUGUGAACGACGUGCAGUUUGGACACACGAAAAUCUUCUUGCGAUCACCGAAAACGCUCUUUGCCCUUGAAAAAAUGCGAAACGACAUGAUUCCGGGCAUCGUUGUGAUCCUCCAGAAGCAAGUUCGGGGCUUCCUGGCACGCCAAAAGUACAAAAAGAUGAAAGCGGCGCUACUUAUUAUGCGGUACUAUCGAAGUUACAAGUUGCGAAGUUAUGUGCAGUACUUGGCAGACAGUUUCCGACGUGCCAAGCAGAUGCGCGAUUAUGGCAAGAGCAUUCAAUGGCCUACAGCGCCUCUUGCGGGACGUUAUGGCGAGCAACAAUUGCGGAUGUUGUUCUCGCGUUGGCGUGCAGCGAUGAUUUUGAGGAAAUAUCCGCGUUCGGAAUGGCCUCAACUGCGUUUGCAAAUCAUCACGGCUGAUGCGCUCAAACGACGUCGUCCUUAUUGGGGGCAAGAACGGAAAUGGACCGGGAAUUAUUUGUCAAAUACGCACGAAAAUUCAAAUUACAACUCGUACAACACGAGCGUCAAUAAUUUACGGAACGCAAAUGCAUUUAAACUUGUCUUCUUUUCGUCUUUUGUGAAGAAGUUCAAUCAUCAAAAUAAAACGGCGGAUCGCGCAAUUAUCCUCACAGAAACGGGCAUUUACAAAUUGGAUGGCGCCAAAAAUAAAUUCAAAAAUAUGAAGAGAUCCGUUAGUAUUAAAGAGUUAACAGCCAUCAGUGUCUCUCCGGGUCGCGAUCAACUAAUGGUUUUCCACGCUGCCACCAACAACGACCUCGUUAUCGCUCUCACGGGCGAAAAUCAGCCGCUCAAGGAAGACCGCGUCGGCGAAUUUAUCGCACAUGUAUGCAAAAAGUACAUGGAUUUGUGUGAUCGUGAGCUACCGGUUCACGUCAGUACCUCAAUUACCUGCCAUCUCGGCAAGAAAGCACGUACCAUCAGUAUUGAAGGAGUUGCGGGAUGCGAACAGCCUGCCUUUAAGCAUGCUGGCUCCGUGAUUGUCUAUGAAGUGCCAGCAUCAUAUUGUUGUUAAAAUGAUGAAACGUUGAUUUGUGGAAACAAAAAAUUUUUUAUUGAGAAACAACGAAAAAUAUAUUUGCAAUAUUUUGACCAUAUUUAAUAUUUAUGAAAAACAAAAUUUACAGGAAUAAACAGUAUUUUCCUACAAAAAAAAA